CUCGUGGAGAAGUACGGCGAAGAAGGUCUCCAAAAAAUGAUGACUGAAUCGUACAUCCCACCUGGUCUUGAAAACUUCCCAGCUUACACUUACCACACUCAUGCGAACAACUACUUCUUCAGUAUCUGGGAAGCUGCGGAAGGGGAAGAAUUUAUCAUCACGGACAACGCAUUUGGUUUGUGGGAAGGUUCAGGACGCGGCUGCCCCGACCUGCACCGUAUAUUCGUAGUCAGCCCUCGCAUUGCUCUCGUUCUGCGCAAUGUGUUACUGCGUCCAGAAUGAAAGGAUACAUGAAUCCGCGUGCGUUCGUGAGCUCCUUGCUCAACGUGAAUCCAACCCCGCCAACUCCGAUUUACGCCAGCGGA